ACUCCCAAAACAGGCAGAUAACUUCAGCGUGCAGGUAGCUCUGUUACCUUUUACAGCAUGAAGUAUCAACGAAUGAAAAAGAAAUUUCUUGGUCUGAUUGCUGUAGUUUUUCUACUAAUCGGACCUUUUUUUUUUAAAUAUAAGGGAAAUGUGGAUUAUCUACACCGUAAAAAUCAUAAAUCCAACAAUAGGUAUGUCAUGGUGGCUCCCAUUCCAGAAAACCAAGACAAAACAACGUUAAGAGAAAAAGCAGCCUCUUCGCUAAGAUCUACAGUGAUGAGCCAGGAGCCACCUCUCGAACCCAGUGUGGAAAAGCAAGCCAUGGCUGUGAAUGUGCCCAAACCCAUGAUAAAGAAGCCCUUGAAGAUCGAAGAUUUUAUAUUCUACCCCAAGUGGGAUAUAGAGGAGGACUACCACCGGGACCCUUCUGCAAAAAACACAACCUGCCCAGAGUCUAUAAGAUCCAGGUCUGCUGAAAUUGAUUGGUUUAAACAGACCUUCAUCCCUGACAUCAGCCUCUUCAUGCACAAAGAACACUUUAAUGAUGAGGAGUGGAAGAGGCUGGAACAUUUCAACCCUCCGUAUGGAUGGAUGGGGACUAAUUACACAGAAGUCAAACAGGCUGUGGAAUUGCUACCUGGGCAAAAGGAACAGAAAGUCCUGCUCAGCUCCAAGAGGAAUGACGGUUGUAUCCGUUGUGCUGCUGUUGGGAGUGGAGGGAUCUUGAACGGCUCUCGGAAGGGUGCUGAAAUCGACUCGCAUGAUUACGUAUUCCGUGUGAAUGGAGCUGUUAUCAAAGGCUUUGAAGAUGAUGUUGGAGUGAGAACCUCCUUUUAUGUCCACACAGCUCAAACCAUGAUCUCAGCACUCUGGAGUUAUCAUGAAUUAGGUUUUACCGAUGUACCCAUGGAUAAGGAAAUAAAAUACAUCUUGCUUACAGAAGACAUGAGGGAUUACCAAUGGCUAAGAGCGUUAAUGCUGAAUACAGAGGUUUCCAGAGGACCCUAUCUUGAAAUGAGGCCAAGGUCGUAUUAUGGGACGGAUUUCACACCAGAAAAGUAUUUGGUUGCUCACCCUGAUUUUAACAGAUACAUUAAAAACAGGUUCUUGAAAUCAGAAACUGUUGAAGGAAUAGAUUGGGCCAUCUACAGACCAACCACUGGGGCCUUCGCUCUGCUCCUGGCUCUGCACCUCUGUGAUGUUGUCGAUGCCUAUGGAUAUAUCACAGAAGACUAUGCCAAAUAUCCAAACCACUACUAUGACAAGACAAAGACAGAAACUGAGUUUUACGAUAAUCACGACUUUGGAUUGGAAAUCAACAAGUGGAAGAAACUGCACGAUGCUAAACUCAUGAACUUGUAUCAGGGGAGACAGAGAAAAAAAGUAUUGCAUCCUUCCUCUUAUUGACAUUGUAUCAGAUAUAUGUUUACAAGGAAAUCUGCUGUGGCAGUAAAAUCCAUUACAGAAAACCAUGUGUUUUUUGUGUUGUGGUAUCAAACUGUUUGAAAGUUCCUAAAAAAAAACUAGAAACUACAGUGAAUAAUUAUGUUUAAGUACAUGAACACUUGCUAUUUGAUAAUAAAAAAAGUCAUACAUGA